AGAAUCUUAAUCCUGUACUUAAAACUUCUUCUUCUUCAGUAAAGAGGGUAUUAACUGUGCUUUUACCCCUUUCUGAUCACGUGAUUUAUUCCAUAAUAUAUAAGUUUAUCAAUUCAUUUGUUAUAUUUAACAAGUUUGGAGGGAAAAGCUUGGUGGGUCGUGAUUGGAGCAGAGUUAAGAAAUGUUCUGGCAAAGAAAUUUCUGGUUGGCUAUAACGUUGAUAGUAGGAGUUUUUGUUGUGUUUGGAAAUGAUUUGUUCACUGUGGAGAGUAGGCCAUAUCGAAUUCUUGUGGAUACAGAUGUCGAUACUGAUGAUUUCUUCGGUCUUUUGUACCUCUUGAAGCUUAACAGAUCCGAAUUUAAACUGGAGGCAAUCACCAUCAGCUCAAAUGCAUGGAGUAAUGCUGGUCAUGCUGUGAAUCAUAUCUAUGACAUGCUUUACAUGAUGGAUCGCGAUGACAUUACCGUUGGAAUGGGAGGAGAAGGGGGGAUUUUAGAAGAUGGAACUAUACUUUCAGAUGUUGGUGGAUAUCUUCCUAUUAUUGAGCAGGGCAAUACAACAGCAGGAUAUUGCAGAUACAGACAGGCUAUUCCUGUUGGUCUAGGAGGAAGAUUAGAUAUUGAUUCUAAUUUUGGUUUACGGAAAAAAUUCCUGCCCCAGGGCAGCAGGAGGUAUACGCCUCUUCAACAACAGACCGUGCAGCAAGUGUUGAUUGAUAAAGUAUCUGCAGGUCCUAUUAGUAUAAUAAUGCUAGGAGCUCACACAAAUAUUGCUAUUUUCCUAAUGAAGAACCCACAUUUGAGGAAAAAUAUUGAGCAUAUUUAUGUUAUGGGUGGUGGGGUGAGGUCUGGAAAUCCAACAACUUGCCAGCAGCCAGAGUGUGGUGACCCCGGAAAUUUGUUCACUGGCUUCAGCAGUAACCCUUAUGCAGAGUUCAAUAUAUUUGGAGACCCUUUUGCUGCAUAUCAGGUGUUUCAUUCUGGUAUCCCAGUCACACUUGUUCCUCUAGAUGCUACAAAUACCAUCCCCAUAAGUGCGAAAUUCUUUGAAGUUUUUGAGCAAAGUCAGAGUACUUAUGAGGCACAAUAUUGCUUCCAGUCCUUGAAAAUGGCUCGUGAUACUUGGUUCAGUGGUCAUUUCUACUUGAGUUUUACCAUGUGGGAUUCCUUUACGGUGGGUGUGGCAGUCUCAAUUAUGCGAAAUUCACACAAAAAUGAUGGUCAGAAUGAAUUUGCAGAAAUGGAGUACAUGAAUGUAACUGUUGUUACUUCAAAUAAACCUUAUGGGAUAUCUGAUGGGUCAAAUCCUUUCUUCGAUCGCCGAAAAGUUCCGAAGUUCAAUCUAAAGAAAGGUGGAGUUCAUAGCGGUCAUGUCCAAACAGGACUUCGCGAUCCGUUUUGCAUUGUCAAGAAAGGGAAAGGGAAAUGCAAGGAUGGAUACACAGAAGAGGUAAAUAGUGUUGAUGCGGUGCGCAUUCUUGUUGCUACGAAGGCAAAACCAAGUCAGGAUGCUGGAAGCAUACUGGACAGAGAAUUUUAUAAAAGCUUCCUAGAUGUUCUUAAUCAACCUCAACACAGUGGAAGGUUCAAUAUAACAACACAAUUUCCCUACUAUAAGGAAGUUCUUUACAAACCAAAUUUUGGUGCCCAAAAGCUGGGGAAGCCUGUUGUCUUUGAUAUGGACAUGAGUGCUGGAGAUUUUCUAGCACUAUUCUAUCUCCUUAAAGUACCUGUGGAAGUGAUCAAUCUCAAGGCAGUAAUAGUAAGUCCAACUGGCUGGGCAAAUGUUGCAACAAUAGAUGCUGUUUAUGAUCUACUGCAUAUGAUGGGUCGAGACGACAUUCUAGUUGGCCUAGGAGAUGUAUUUGCAAUGAAUCAAUCUGAUCCUGAUGUCAAGAGUGUUGGAGACUGCAAGUAUACUAAAGCCAUCCCACAAGGAAGCGGUGGAUUUCUAGACUCAGACACUCUCUAUGGCCUUGCCCGCGAUAUGCCCCGAAGUCCAAGAAGGUAUACAACAGAAAACUCUGUAAAAUUUGGAGCUCCUCGGGAUACCGCUCACCCAGGACUUAGACAACCUCUGGCAUUGGAAAUAUGGGAUUCCAUAGCACAAACACUUGAUCCGGGGUCCAAGAUCACCAUAUUGACCAAUGGACCCCUGACUAAUUUAGCCAAAAUUAUUUCAUCUAGGAAAAAUUUGACCUCUCUAAUUCAGGAUGUGUACAUUGUUGGAGGACACAUUAGCCUUGAUAACUUAGACACAGGAAAUGUCUUUAGCAUUCCUUCCAACAAAUAUGCUGAAUUCAAUAUGUUUCUUGACCCUUUGGCUGCAAAUACAGUCUUUAACUCAACACUAAACAUCACACUCAUCCCACUCGGCACUCAGCGCAAAGUCAGUUCAUUUCCUAGUAUCCUUAGAAGCCUGCAACUCACAAACAGGACACCUGAAGCCAGGUUUGCUUGGCGUUUGCUGUCAAGGCUACAUUCUUUGCAACAGAGCCACCAUCGAUACCAUCACAUGGAUACAUUCUUAGGGGAAAUUCUUGGUGCAGUAGUGUUGACUGAUUAUCAUUCAUCUCUGAAGCCAAUUUUUGAAGUAAAAUCCAUCAGGGUUUUUGCCGAAGGAGAUGAAUCCAAAGAUGGACAAAUUUUGGUUGAUAGGAAGAAAGGAAAACUUGUCAAAGUAGUGGAAAAUUUGGACCCACUUGCUUACUAUAAUGUAUUUGCAAAUGGACUUGGUAGCAAAAAGCAGAGUGCUGCCAUAGGAAGCUUUGAUGAACAAAGAAGAACUUGGAAAACAAAACCAAGAAAUCAAACAGAUAAGUUUAACUUACAGCUAUUGGAUUAAUUAUACUCUGACCACAGGAAUAGAAUUUUUUUUCCCUUUUUCAUUCUACAGAUAAAGCAGUUUCAGUUGUAACAAUUGCUAAUAUUCUUCUUCAAAAAUCUUCAAAUAAAGCAGUUUCCAUUGUGACA